ACCUCCCUGAGACUCAUUUCAGAGUAACGUAACACUGAUUUGUUUACUAGUUGGAUCACCAUGUCAUACUUAUGUAGUGUCUUAUUCAAAUGUAUGGACCUGUACAUACCCAGAGAGAGAAAGAGAACGCGACGGAGAAAGGUAUAAAUUCAUACUGCAAUAAUUCAACCAUAAUGUCAGUGAUAAUUGCAUUAUCAUUAGCAUCUACGUAAUACUAUUUUAAAGCAGUGAGAUGUGUUUGACCGUGUUUGAAAGUAAUUCAAAUGCAAAGUAUUACAUGUGUACUUGUACUUCAGUAUACUUCGUGAUGUUGUUGUUACCUAAAAAGCUCAUGUAUACUGGUAUACUAAUUUGGUGUACCUCUGGUGUCCUCUUUCUCCUGAGUUAGGCCCAAUUCUAAUUUCAAAAACUCUCGCUUAGUUGGAACUGGAACGUCUGCAUAACAUGUACGAUUUACGCGAACGUUCAUGGACUGUUUGAAGGCAGCAGCCGGAUAUUCUUAGAUAGGGUUGCCUUUAUUUUUGUGAAUGAGGUAAUCCUGCCGCUGUUUUACUUGCAGUAAGCAACCCAAUUGUUAUUGAGAUUUUGCGUGCGAUUAUCCGUUCACAUAUAUCACUCUACCUCCAUUUCUAUUUCUGGAUAAUAAUGAUACUGAUGAUCACAAUAAUAAUAAUAGAACUGUAAUGACAGGGUACACUUCACAUAAGAGGUGUUUGUUUUGAUCAUUUGCAUUGGUGACACAAAUGGCGUGAGAGAGAGAGAGACAGCGAGAGAAAGAGAGAGAGAGAGCGAGAGAGAGAGAGAGAGAGAGAUGAUGCCCACAAUGGCGACCAAAGGUACGUUCGAAAACCUUUGGUUCCUUAUCCGGGGACUACCUCUCACUCUGCUAUUGGGCCGUGGGGUCACGUGGUAAAAGUAACUUUACAGGGCUGCUCGCAAGUAGGAGGGCUUUAUGGAGCAGAAAAACGACAAAGCUAGAAAAAUUAUUUUCCACUCCAGAAAUUAAUGAUCAUGAGCUCGUAUUUGAUGGACUCUACCUACAUUGAUCCGAAAUUUCCUCCAUGCGAGGAAUAUUCACAAAACAGCUAUAUCCCCGACCACAGCCCCGAAUAUUACAGCCGCGCAAGGGACCCUGGCUCUGGUUACCAGCAUCACCAUCAGGAGUUAUACCCUCCGCGGGCGAGCUACCAAGAGCGCCAAUAUAACUGUGCAAGCAUCCCUGAACCUGACACGCAAAGUGGACAUGGACUACCCCAUACUGCGCACCUGCUUGCAGGGAAAGGGCAGCCAGCCUCAUGUGAGACCCCACAGCUACCCAUGUCCCCCACCACCCCACCGGCUGCAUCCUCCGCCUGCAACCAAGCUACACCGGAGCAUCCAAACAGCUCAGCCUCCUCCAAGCAGCCCGUGGUAUACCCAUGGAUGAAGAAAAUUCACAUCAGCACUGCGAACCCGAAUUACAAUGGAGCGGAUUCCAAGCGGUCUAGGACAGCCUACACUCGACAGCAGGUCUUAGAAUUGGAGAAGGAGUUCCACUAUAACCGCUAUUUAACUCGGCGGAGGCGCAUUGAGAUAGCUCAUACAUUGGUUCUCUCCGAACGACAAAUCAAAAUUUGGUUUCAGAACCGCAGGAUGAAGUGGAAAAAAGACCAUAGGCUUCCUAACACCAAAGUGAGAUCCUCCACCACGGGCGUAUCCUCCGGGUCCAACACAACCUCAUCAACCGGCGCUGUCGCCACUUCCUCGGCCACUGGUGCCAUUAUUCCAAAUGAACUUUCCGGAGGAGAGGAUGGCGAGGAUAUUACAACGUUAUAAGGCGAACAAAACAAAACACAAAAACACUUCAAGAAGGGAGAUAGAGAAAUGACUGAUUAUUUAUAGAAUAAAAUAAUCAGUCAUAUAGAAUAUAUUUUGUUUUCGUAGCUAUUUGUGUGGUUUCAUUUAAGUCCAAAGUUAUAUAAAAUGCAUGUUAUAUAGCAUGGAUUUAUGCGAAUACCGAUGGAUUCUUUUUACGCGACACAGGGUUUAAGUUAUUUCAUGCUGAAUCAAAAUGAUGUUUUUAUGAGAAAAUGUUUUGAAUGAAGGAAAACAAAUGUAGGCCUACAUUUGAUCUAAAUGUUAUGGUGGGCCAUUCGUUUGCCCUGCUGCCCAAGGUGAAAUGCACAAUUUAUUUAUUUUAAGCGGAACACUGGAAGAAUAUCAUUAUUAUCAUAGUUAUUUUUGGUAAAAAUGCUGGAACAUCCCGAUGGGAACAUCGAUCUUGCAAGGUGAAUUACCUCGUGUGUUUCAAAAACAGGAUUUUGAAUUACAAUUUAGUUUGUGGUGUUUACGUUGUGUUUAGCAGGUUAUUGUAAAAUGCAAUAAACAGAGUUUAGUGUAUUUGUGAUAAUCAUAUUGGUCAAUAAAACAGUGAAUGUC